UGGGAGCUGUGCAGGCUUCAGGUAGCAGACCAUCUGUCGACAGAAUUUCUAUCGUGUGAUUAGCGAAAUGCAUGGUGCGAGAAUCGAUCGUGCUUCAAAGAUCCGAACUGGACUGACUUGGAAACGAGUGCUGGGAGCAGUGGCCAUCCUGUGUUUUGGGAGAAACUUUCUGUCCUGUUUCACACCUCCCAGCGACCUGCAGAGCAAGCUACCAUCAGUCAGCGUGCAGAUCGCCACCUACAACCGUCCCUCUUUGGUUCUGGAAGCGCUUCAGCAGAUCGAAGUUCAAGAUUAUGCUGGCAAAAUUGAGGUGCUGAUUCUUGAUGAUAGCCCGCAGAGCUGUCAGCAAGCAGUGGAACAUUUUGCGAGCACAUCUCGGCAUUGCAUAACUUACCGCUUCUUGUCCGAGAGGCAUACAAUUGGUGCCAAGCGAAACCUUGCGGUGAACCUCAGCCAGACAGACCUGAUUUGCACCUGGGAUGACGAUGAUAUCUAUCCGAAGGACCGCAUUCGGCUUCAAGUGGAUUUUUUGCUUCGACAUCCCCGCUGCAGAUGUGCGAUGAUUGAAAGGCGCUACUUUUUUUGGAAGACCGGCCAUCUCAGAGCUUGUCAUGAUGAGCUGCAGCUCUUUCCCCUCGAAAACACGCUGUGUUUCUGGCGUUACUGGUUUCAGGCUGGACGGACUUUUGAUGCAGGAAACAUCAAUGAGGGCCUGGGAUUACUGCGAGGGAAGCGAGGAUUGAAACAUCCUGGAAGGGUGGGCAUCCUGUCAAUACAAGCAGAGGAACUGCCGUUCGUGUAUGUGAAGCAUAGUGAAUCCAUGACUGGCGACCAAAUGGUGGCGGCAGCUGAAGGACCUGUGGGUUUUGUUGCGUCGCCUCUCUUCGCCUUGGCGCGGGCACUUCACGGCAAGAGAUUCCCUGCAUUGGCAGAUUGCACCUGGUACACUGCAGUGCUAACCUCCGUUCGCAAACUUCUAUGUGAGAUCAUCGAGAAGGACAUCAAGCAGUUGGAAGGCUCCGAGGAGCUCGCACGGUAUCUCCGGAAACUGACAGGACGUGAACUGGAGAAGUCUGAAGGACUGAUUCCAACUACCCACUGUAGCUCAACUAGGGCCAUUCUGAGUUUUAUUCAAACUGAUAGAACAUGUAGCUGGUGGAGUCUCUGAAGAAACGCUGGGAAACCCUUGGACAGCGGAGGACUUCCGGCGAAGAUUUGGCUUUUCAUGGAAUCGCUCAGGGACUCCAAAACUGAUGCGGGAGAGUAAAAUAGUAGAAUGAAGAGAGUCCCAUUUGCUGCUCAGAAACUCAAGCUGCGGUUUGACCGAAGCUCACACAAAAGCGCGUUCGAUAGAAACCCUUAUGUGUCAGAAGGAACUGAGAUGCAAAACUGACUUUAAUGUUGCGCUUAGUUCCCAAGGGUGAAAGCUAUGAUCAAGAAUGUUCUAG